GCUGAGUGGCGCGCUUUAUUUAUUUGUUUGGCCAGUAGGAGCGACUUAUACCCUCGUCUAGCGCACGCUUGUAAUUCCCUAGGCGUGUUCAACAAGAGAAGCAAAUGGAAAGCAAACAGAGGCACAGUGAAACUGAUAUCGUCUCGCUUUCCUCGUGAGAAACUCCCCAUCCAAGCAUUGCCAGAACCGCUGUCGAACAGAGAGACGCUCCGAAGCUCCCCGCGCUCACAUGACUGACCAACUAGGAGAGUGCUGGUUGCCAUGGUAACUGAGGGUGGCAGGCCGGGUUCGCGCGUUGAGGAGGGAGAAGCUCGCGAGGCGGUGCAAGUGCAAGUGAAGUAACGGGCCGGAUCUGGGAGACACAGAGCGGCGCAGAUCGCCGGGAUGGAGGACGGCUUCUCCGGCUACAGCAGUGGCAGCCUUUACGACACAUCCUCACUGCUCCAGUUUUGCAACGAUGACAGUGCCUCUGCAGCCAGCAGCAUGGAUGUUACGGACCGUAUCGCUUCUUUGGAGCAGCGAGUCCAGAUGCAGGAGGAUGAGAUUCAACUUUUAAAGUCUGCUUUGGCAGAUGUUGUAAGACGGCUGAAUAUCUCAGAGGAGCAGCAGGCAAUGCUGAACCGAAAAGGACCUACCAAAGAUUUAGAUCCUUCCACCAUCAAAAAAAUAGAUGACUUUGAGGCUGAUAAGUCAGGCAUUGCAGCCAAGCCUGCUCGACCUUUGGUACCCUCAUUGCCUUUAAGAUCAGCAUUAAAUAAUGGGACUAUAUUACCAAAGAAAUCAAGUGGCUCUCUACCUUCUCCAUCUGGACCCAAAAAGGACAUUACAGCUUCAACAAAUAAGAGUGGAUUUAACAAAUCUGGACAUCCUGCAUCCAAACCAGCUAAAAUGGCCCCCAGUAUGGUAAAACGCACAAGCUCUGCAGAGCGUGUAGGCUCCAGCAGCCAUCGUGAGAGUAUGGGAGAUUUGAAAAAUGCUCGAAACCGCACAGGCUCAACAAGCAGCAGUUCAAGCAGCAAAAAGAACAGUGAGAGCAAACCUAGGGAGCCUGUCUUUAGUGCUGGUAAACGUCGAGUGAUUCAUUGCAAAGAAGAAGGGUAUGUGAAAAUGUUUUUGCGUGGCCGCCCUGUUACCAUGUACAUGCCUAAAGAUCAAGUGGAAUCCUACAAUCUGGAGGCCAAAGGAGAACUGACAUCCAAGAAGCUUAAACUGGAUUGGGUCUAUGGAUAUAGAGGCCGGGACUGCCGCUCCAAUCUAUACCUGUUGCCUACUGGAGAGACUGUAUUUUUUAUUGCCUCAGUUGUUGUGCUAUACAACGUUGAAGAGCAACUUCAAAGACAUUACACUGGCCACAAUGAUGAUGUUAAGUGCCUAGCAGUCCAUCCAGAUAAAAUCACUAUAGCAACAGGCCAAGUAGCUGGCACCUCCAGUGAUGGAAAACAGCUACCCCCACAUGUAAGAGUCUGGGAUUCAGUCAGCCUGAACACACUUCACGUUAUUGGGACAGGAUUCUGUGAUCGUGCUGUCACAUGUGUUUCAUUCUCAAAAUCUAAUGGGGGCAGUAACCUCUGCAUGGUGGAUGACUCCAAUGACCAUAUUCUCUCAGUAUGGGACUGGCAAAAAGUGGAGAGACUUGCUGAUGUCAAGUGCUCAAAUGAAGCUGUGUUUGCUGCUGACUUCCAUCCUACAGAUGCCAACAUUAUUGUGACCUGUGGAAAAUCACAUUUGUAUUUCUGGACAUUGGAAGGUGGCUGUCUUGUAAAAAAACAAGGACUCUUUGAGAAGCAAGAAAAGCCAAAGUUUGUAUUGUGUGUGACUUUUUCAGAAAAUGGGGACACAAUAACUGGUGACUCCAGUGGUAAUAUCCUAAUUUGGGGAAAAGGUUCUAACAGAAUUAUUUAUGCAAUUCAAGGAGCACAUGAAGGAGGUAUUUUUGCACUUUGUAUGCUGCGCAGUGGUGUUUUAGUAUCAGGUGGUGGGAAAGACAGACGGCUUAUAUCCUGGAAUGAGAACUAUCAAAAGAUCCAGACAGUUGAGAUUCCUGAGAUGUAUGGACCUGUACGAACAGUGGCUGAAAGCAAAGGAGAAAGCGUUCUCAUUGGUACCACCAAAAAUUUUGUACUUCAGGGCACUUUAUGGGGUGACUUUACUCCAAUCACACAGGGUCAUACAGAUGAGCUUUGGGGACUUGCUGUUCAUCCCUCCAAACCUCUGUUUCUAACUAGUGGUCAUGACAAACAUGUUAUCUUAUGGGACUCUGUAAUGCAUCGUCCUGUGUGGAACAAAAUAAUUGAGGAUGCAGCACAGUCAGCAGGAUUUCAUCCCUCUGGGGCCAUGAUCGCGAUAGGAACACACACAGGCCGGUGGCUUGUUCUGGACACUGAAACAAAGGAUUUAAUCACAGUACAUACGGAUGGCAGUGAACAACUGUCAGUUAUGCAGUACUCGCCAGAUGGUAGUUUCUUGGCUAUUGGUUCACAUGACAAUUACAUUUACAUAUACAGUGUCAGUGAAAAAGGCAAGAAAUACAGUAGAGUUGGAAAGUGUUCGGGUCAUUCCAGCUUUAUUACUCACCUGGACUGGUCCAUUGAUUCCCAAUACCUGAUGUCUAACUCAGGAGAUUAUGAAAUUUUGUACUGGAUCCCAUCUGUAUGCAAGCAAGUUGUCAGUGUUGAAACAACCAGAGAUAUUGAAUGGGAAACUUGUACCUGCCCACUUGGGUUCCACGUUUUUGGUCUGUGGCCAGAAGGAUCUGAUGGCACUGAUAUAAAUGCAGUUUACAGGUCUCAUGACAAAACCUUUUUAUCUACUGGUGAUGACUUUGGGAAGGUCCACCUUUUCUCAUAUCCUUGCUCCCAGUUCCGGGCUCCUAGCCAUAUGUAUGGUGGACACAGUAGUCAUGUGACCAAUGUAAGCUUUCUUUUUGAUGACAGUUACCUCAUCUCCACUGGCGGCAAAGACAUGAGUGUUAUGCAGUGGAGAGUUGUAUAAGGAUGUCCAGGAUCACAAAGAUGAACUCUCCUUUUGGGAUAUUUAAAAUGUGCAAGUGGUAAAUUGUGGGCAGUCCUUGACUUUGCAGGUUCAAUUCUGGAAUUUUUUUUUUUUUUUUA